AUGCCUACCCAAGAGGCACGCGAAACCAUCCAGGAUGAACUUCACAUCGAAGUCCUCCCCGGAACGGAGAUCAUGACAGACGUUGGCAAAGAACACUACGUCCGAGCCAAAGAGUCCGAUCAAGUCCUCGUUCCCCAACCAUCCCAAGACCCUCACGAUCCCCUGAACUGGUCGCCCUUCUGGAAGUUCUCUGCCAUAUUUUGCGUUUCCACCAUGACGUUCACGCAGGGCUUUGCGCCGCUUGCUCUUGCGCCUAUGUUUCCGGAUUUGAUUCGUGCUUAUAAUAGUACUCUUGAGGAUGUUAUUCAGUUUACGGGUGUUACUAUCCUGAUUUUGGGAUUUAGUAACUUUUUCUGGGCGCCAAUCUCUACUUCGUUCGGCCGUCGACCUGUCUAUAUCGCUUCGCAGGUCAUCUGCCUCGCAUGCCACAUCAUUCGCGCCAAAGCAUCCACCUACGGCAUCUUCAUGGGAGCCUGCGUCCUCAACGGCAUAGGUGCCGGUCCCUCAGAGAUCCUCCAACCCGCCGUCAUCGCCGAUAUCUUCUUCCUCCACGACCGCGGAACAUGGAACGCACUAUACUGGGUAGUCUACAUGGGCUCACUGAUGAUCGCGCCAAUCAUCGCCGGUCCCAUGGCAGACCGCACCGGAUGGCAGAACUUCUGGUGGCUUAACGUUGCUGUUACUGCACUGUCUAUCGUGCUUGGCGUCUUUGGCUUUCCUGAGACGAAGUGGACGCGCAUCGACUCGAUUGAGGCUGAGCGUGGAGUUAAUGAGAUUGUUGAUACAACUCAGGACAAGCCGUCUCAUUCUCAUGCUGAUACUGAGAAGACUGUUGGUACACCUGAAGCCCAGGGCGAGCCUGCUGCAGAUGCGCAUUUGGGCAAAGGAACUCCUUCAAAGCUGCAGUGGCGACUGUUCCAGCCCAACUCAGCACCUCUUCAAAAUAUCCUUCUCGAUAUUUGGACCCCAUGGAGACUCUUUGUCUAUCCUAUUGUCCUCUUUGCGUCUUUUGUUGUCAGCUGGAGUUGCAGUAACUUCCUGAUUCUUAACCUCACGCAGUCUCAGGUGUUUGCAGCUCCUCCAUAUAACAUGAGCUCUCAGUCCAUCGGAUUCCUCAACUUCUCCAUUCUCGUCGGCGCUUUGAUCGGACUCGUCACAGCAGGCCCCUUCAGCGAUUGGGUCUCCGCAAAAGCAACGACACGAAACGGCGGCAUCCGAGAACCAGAAAUGCGUCUCCCUGCAAUGAUCCCUUAUAUCAUCAUAAUGAUCUUCGGAAAUGCGAUCACCUCGAUCGGAUACGAAAGACAUUGGCCGUGGCCUGUCAUUGCCGUACUUGGCUACUCAUCAGCUGGCAUCCAGGUCGCUGCCCUUCCUAGUAUUGCCAGUACAUACGCAGUGGAUUGCUACAAGCCAGUCACAGGAUCACUCUUUGUUGCUAUUACAGUCAACAAGAGUUUGUGGGGAUAUGGUAUGGGCAAGUUCGUCACACCAUGGACUAUCAAAUUCAUCCCUGUUUUCAUGACCAACAUGGGUCUUACAGUUCUCUGGUGUGGUUUGGGUGCGGUAUUCUACUUCUAUGGCAAGACGUUCAGAAGAUGGACCAAGGACAGCAAUGUUCACGGCUUUUAG